AUGUCUAUCUCGACCCCAACCUACCGCAUCAUCCCCGCGCACACCCCAGAGCAACUCUCAGCCAUCCGCACGCUCUUCCGCGCCUACGUCCAAUGGCUCAACAUCGACCUCACAUUCCAGGACUUCGAAACGGAGCUGCACUCCCUUCCGGGAAAAUACGGCGCCCUACACGGGGGGGACAUACUCCUCGCCUACAGCAACCACAACAGCAUAGACGAGCGGGUUCCUCUCGGAUGCGUAGCUCUCCGGGCCCUCACUCUGAACCAGCAACAACCCGGAGGAUCCAGUCCAGAGGGCGAUGACGCUGGGAUCAGAUACUGCGAGAUGAAGCGGCUGUAUGUUUCUCCGGAGGCACGGAGGAUGGGGCUGGGGAAGGCGCUGGUGGACGCCGUGGUGCACAGGGCUAGGGAGCUCGGGUAUCAGGCGAUGCGACUCGAUACGCUGCGGACGAUGGAGGGCCCGUUACGGUUGUAUCGGGCGGCGGGGUUUGUGAACGUCGGGCCGUACUAUGAGACACCUUUGGUUGAGGAGACGGUGUUCUUGGGGUUGGAUUUGAGUAUACUACAGGAGAAUAAGUAUUGA